UUAGAAGAAGGAAAAACCCUCACUCUCCCCCUCGAUCUCCCGCUUUCUCUUUUGCUUUGGUCGUAGCCCUAACUCUGUCUCUGUCUCUGUGUGUGUGUGUGUGUGUGUGUCUCUCUCUCUCUCUCUCUCUCGCGCCACAAUGAAGCUCGUCAGGUUUUUGAUGAAGUUGAACAACGAGACUGUGUCGAUUGAACUCAAAAACGGCACCGUUGUACAUGGAACUAUAACAGGCGUGGACAUCAGUAUGAACACACAUCUGAAGACGGUUAAACUUACACUGAAGGGGAAAAAUCCAGUGACUCUUGAUCAUCUCAGUGUUAGGGGGAACAACAUUCGCUACUACAUCCUCCCUGACAGCUUGAAUCUUGAGACUCUACUGGUGGAAGAGACACCCAGGGUCAAGCCCAAGAAGCCAACUGCUGGGAGGCCUGUGGGACGGGGUCGAGGACGUGGCCGUGGCCGUUAGAUGUGUUGUACCUGGUUCAAUUUUUGUGGCACAUUGGUUUUGUCAAAACACCUUUGUUGUAUGAAGAACUUAUCGGUAAUCUUGGAGAUAUUGAGUGGUAUUGCUAUUUCCUUUUAACUAGUUGUCUAUUCCCAGUUAUUUUGACACCUUCAUUUCGCGCCUUUUAGGUCUUACAUUUGGUUGUUUGUCCAACCAGAUCUAGCUCUCUCCAUAGUUUGGGGGCAACGCAUUGUCCAACAGCUACUAUUUCCAAAGUAUCUCUUCUGUUACUAUUUUAGUGAUAAUAUAGUUUAUCUUAUACAUUGAUGGUAAA